AUGACGGCUUUAUUGUGGCAACAGGGAAUAGCUGGAUAUCAGCUAUGGGAUUUCGGAACUCAUCAACUAGGAAGACCAACUAAUGACCGUUAUCUUACUGGAUGUAACGCACCUAAUAUUUCUGCGUUCCAAAUAAACAUUCCAGUAGCACUAGUGUUCUGGGAUCCGCCAAUUCCAUCUGUAGCUGGAUAUACGCCUGUAGUUCCUCUAGAAAUUACUGCUGUUAAUUUUAACAUUGAUCUGUAUCGUGUUCAACAA